AUUUUGGCUUGGACAUGGGGAAUAGGCAUGGGGUCAGGCAAAUAAGGAGCGGUUGGGCAGAUGGACCUGCCUAUAUCACUCAAUGUCCAAUUCAAACAGGGAAGUCAUAUUUAUACAACUUCACCAUCACUGGCCAAAGAGGCACCUUGUUUUGGCAUGCUCACAUCUCUUGGCUGAGAGUGACCGUCUAUGGACCUAUAGUCAUUCUCCCCAGAAGACAUUCCUCCUACCCUUUUCCACAGCCCUUCAAAGAAGUUCCCAUUCUUUUUGGUACUCAACACAAAACUUCUCACUCUCAGAAAAUGUAGAAUACAUUCAUCUUGAAUUAGUAACAAAUUUCGACUGAAAUUACAGGAGAAUGGUGGAAAGCAGAUACAGAGACGGUUAUCAACCAAGCCAUGCAAACAGGAGGUGCACCAAAUAUUUCCGAUGCCUACACCAUUAAUGGUCUUCCAGGACCCUCCUACAACUGCUCAGCUAAAGGUACAGCAAUUUGUUCGGAAAAUAUUUAGUAUUUUGAGUGCAAGAAGAAACUAAAGCAAAUGAAACUAAAUGAAUGCAGAUACAUUCAAGCUCAGGGUGAAACCUGGAAAAACUUACCUCCUCCGCUUGAUCAAUGCUGCACUCAACGAUGAGCUCUUCGUCAGCAUAGCCAACCACACCCUUACCGUUGUAGAAACAGAUGCCAUCUAUGUGAAACCAUUCAAGACACAUACGGUGCUCAUCACCCCAGGGCAAACUAUCAACGUCCUUCUCCAAGCCGAAUCCAAAGUUCCAAAAACCAAUUUUGCUAUGGCUGCCAGGCCCUAUGCAACCGGUCCUGCCACUUUCGACAACACUACGAUGAUUGGAAUUCUGGAAUAUGAGAAAUCUCCUUCCUCAAAGAACAGCCAAAAGCUCCCUCUUCUGAAACCAGAACUUCCCAAGUUCAAUGACUCAACUUAUGCCAUGAACUUCAGCAAGCAGAUUCGUAGCCUGGCCACUGCAAAAUUCCCAGCAAAGGUUCCUCAGAAAGUUGACAGGCACUUCUUCUUCACAGUUGGACUGGGGAUACUUCCAUGUUCCCAGAAUCAGACAUGUCCUAACAAUACAAGACUGGCAGGUGCAGUUAACAAUGUUUCAUUUGUGCAGCCAAGCAUAGCUCUUCUCCAAGCUCACUUCUUCAACCAGUCGAAGGGAGUUUACACAACUGAUUUCCCUGUCAAUCCACCGUUCAAGUUUAACUACACAGGCACACCACCCAAAAACAUCAUGCUGGACAGCGGCACCAAGGUGGUGGUGCUGCCCUUUAACACUAGUGUGGAGUUGGUGAUGCAGGACACCAGCAUCGUCAGUGCAGAGAGCCAUCCUUUACACCUUCACGGCUUCAAUUUCUUUGUGUUGGGAAUGGGUUUUGGGAACUUCGAUCCCAAAAAGGAUCCAGCCAAGUUCAACCUUGUUGACCCUGCAGAGAGGAACACCAUAGGUGUACCGGCUGGUGGAUGGGUCACCAUUCGAUUCCUUGCAGACAAUCCAGGUCGAUCUCAUUGACUACAUCUGUCUGCUUUUAGUUUUAUUUCUUAGUCUCUGAUUACUCUAACCAAAAUUGAAUGGAUGGAUGUGCAGGUGUUUGGUUUAUGCACUGUCAUUUGGAGGUGCAUACUAGCUGGGGCCUGAAGAUGGCUUGGGUUGUCAAUGAUGGAAAGGGCCGCAAACAGAAGCUGCCCACGCCACCUUCCGAUCUUCCCAAAUGUUAAAAUACAAUUCAAUAGUUGUACUCUUUCAUUCUUAAUUUCACUCCCAUUGUUAUGCCCAAAAUAAUAGUAGCGUCAGGGCUCUUUGUACUUAGGAACUUAGGGGAGGUUUUGCCAGGAUUAGCAAGCUCGAUUGUCAUAAGAGAGAGCUCAAAGAGCUAUGGAUGUAGAAGAAAUAUCAACGGAAAUGUUACAGUUGUUUUCAAAUAUCAGAGCCAUAGAAAUACUGACUGCAGGAAGAGAUAUUUAUGCUGGAAAAAAUUGAAAGUGGAUCUAACAUAUAUGCAUUUUCACACCCAAAGUUCCUGAAUCCUUCGACCAACUACUGACAUAUACAACCAGAAACAUACCCCAAUGACGACAGAAGCUAAGUUAAGAGGGGAAUUCUACAAGCAAAAAGAACCAAGUCAGAAAGGGCAACACUCUCACCAUUUAAAUUGGCUUCAUUUUUAAGUGGAGUUAGAUGAGAGAGAAGACAAAACACUUCAAGUCCUGCAACACAUAAAAAAGGGGAUAAGAGCAGGGUUAUUUACAGGAAAGGUGAUGAAACAACUAAUGUGAAAAUAACAUCUAAUUAAUGAACUACCACGAUAGCAAGAAUGAUAUCACCAAUUGUGUGCAUGCUGGAGUGUAUAUUUGAGUGUGUGUGAGAGAAGGGGGAAGGGUUAACAAGAUAGAAGCUUGCAAAGAUCAUUUUAGUAAUUUUUUAAUUGGAAAGAAAUCUAGCUAGAUAUCUUUGUGUGCCUUCUAGCUCCCUGCAGCUACUGAGCUCUCAAUAACCAUAUCCGAAACAU